GGGGCAUUGUGGCUGUUGUUUUGUAAAAUGGUUUGUAUUGCAAGCGUAAAGGAUCAGACCAAGGCACAGGCAGAGGGGCGCGCAGACAUGAAAAUAGUGGAUUGGGCCGUUGUUGUGUUUGUAUGAACGAUUCAUGGAAGGCAAAGGACCCUACAGAAUAUAUGAUCCGGGUGGGAACAGAAGUAAUCUGCCAACGCAUUCCGCAUUAAAGGUGUAUCCAAGAGACCAGAGAGCGUUAAUGGAAAACAUGGAAGGAAUCAAAAGCCUGGGAGAUCUUUUAGAAGAGUCGCAGAAUGAAGCCAGUAAGCUCCGCCACAAAGCAGAAGCGCUUGUGAAGGAAAACAAACAUUUGGAGUUGUUUUCCAUUGAUCAUGAAACACCUUCUGCAGAAGAGGCUGUACACACCAAACGGAUAGAGCCAGGGAAGACAAAUAGCUUCUUUGAAGAUCAAAUUUCAGACAUGAAUGACCACGCAAAUCUCACUGCCCCCAAGGCUGAUCAUAAAACUUCACCGAGUGAAACAUCUUCAGAGUUUGAAAUCCUGAAUAAAUUUGAGAAGAAAACUCUUGAAACCAGAAAGCCGGACCUGGAACCCGCUGCACAACAUGAGGAUAACUUACGGCUGCACCUGCAGCGUCUGGAAAGCUCUCUCAGUACGUUCGCAGAGGAGCCCGAUCGGGGCCGUCUUGUUAGCCACAUGAGUCGAAUGGCACUGGAUUUUAACCGGCUGGCAAACAAAGUGCACAAGAAUGAGCAGCGCACAACGGUUCUACAGACCCUCUGUGAACAGCUGAGAAAGGAAAAUGAGGACUUGCGGGCAAAGCUUGAGGCCGAUUGGAACCAGAGAGCUCAGACUGAACAGGCCUUGAGGUAUGAAAACCUAGAUCUGAAGAAGUUAAUCCUAGAUCAAGGAUCUAGAAAGGGUAAUCAGGGUUCAGGUGCAACAGAAUCCACAGAUGUCACUUCCAAGGUAGAAAACGCAGACUUCCAGCAGGUUGCAAAAAUUUUGGAAAAGCCUGCAAAUAAAGACCCAAAUGGGGCACUUUUGAAAAAGGUUAAGGUGUUGGAACAUCAGAGGACAGAGCUUCUGGAAGUAAAUAAACAGUGGGACCACCAGUUUCGCUCCAUGAAGCUUCAGUACGAAGAGAAGAUCACGUCCCUCCGGCAGAAGCUCUCGCAGGCGCUCAAGGCUGAGCGUGAGCAAGAGGAAGAGAGAGACCGAAAGCAGCGAGAUUUUGACCGUAAGCUACUUCUAGCCAGAGACAAGAUCGAAGAGAAGGAGGCAGAGAUCCAGAGGCUAGAGUCGGAAAUAAAUGACCUGAAGCAGAAGAAUACGUUUCUUCGUGACCAUCUAAACUCUGCCAGCAAACAAAGGGAAUAUCAGGAGCGAGAGAUCAGCAGACUGAACAAAGCCCUUGAAGAUGCUCUCAAUUUGCAAGGAUCUGCUAAACCCCUUUCGUUUACUGGAUCUACGGACGAUACGGCGAUCCUCCAGCGCCAGGAACUCGUAAUUCAGAACGAUAUCCUAAAACAGCAGGUUGAAAUAUUUGAAGAAGACUUCCAGAAGGAACGGAGAGACAGGGAGAGAAUGAAUGAAGAAAAAGAGGAGCUGAAGAAGCAAUUAGUGGAACUGAAAAGCCAGCUGGAUGAAGUUAACAGUGAGUUGCGAGCAUGCCAGGAUGACUUACAAAAAGCAAAGGAAAAUUCAAGGCAGCAGACCACAGGAGAGAGAUACAUUGCCGACCCACUCAUUGCGCAGAUGUGUCCUCCUUACCAUUAUCCGUACAGUCCUGGCAUAAUGUAUCCAAGAUUUGAGGAUUGGCAGAUCCGCUACCCGCCCCCCAUUAUUCCUUCAGAGAACAGCCAGGAUCUACCAAAUGUUCCUCCACCAGCGUAUCAGUGGAGAGUAUCGAACACGGCUCCCAGAAGCCCCCACCGCAAGGGGUCUAAGAAGAAGGAAACUGAUGUUCCUGCUGGUGCCGCUCAGAACCCUCAAAGACCAACUUGAACCAGUAUAACAAAGACCAGGGCUUUCUCUGCAAUUAAACAAAUGCCAGCAGGUCUGGUAUCUCGCCUUGUACCUUGCUUUUGAACCCGAGGUGCUGAAUUACCUCCGAAAUGACUCCCCACUCCGAGUGAGCUGAAAUAAAGGAUGUCAGAUCGAGACCUGAAAACGGUGGCUUUUGUUCCUGAACAAGACAAUCCCUGGAUAAAUACCGACAGUACAAAUUAAUCUAUGUCUGGACUUUUAUGUAAUUCUAGGACUUUAAUAUCUGGAUAAUAUACAGACUAGGUAUUGAAAAGUCAAUCCAGAUCCACAGCAACUAUCCAUGAUUUUCUACUAACCCGCAAAGUGGGAGGCUGAUUCAGAAUCCGCUGAGUAGCGUGUAAUCGUGCCCUUGACACGUAUGUCCGAUUACCUUAUGUUAUUUGUGCUGGAAUAUAAUACUAACGUUUUGUGCCACUGAUGUAGAUGCUCUAGCAGCUGUGAACAUGUUUACAACACAUCCUGAGCUUUUGCAGUGACAAGGCUAUAGAGCGGGGACUUGUGAUGUUCUAGUGUCCAGGCGAGAAGGGAUGGGUGCGCUGUACCGUAGAGAUGAAGCUGCCAGGAUUAGCAGCUGUUUGGCACAAUACUGUGUAUAAUUUCUUCUCCUAUUUCCCAUGUAUCUGUCAUUUUCACAUUUUGCCCAUAUAUGCUUUUACCUCCGCUGCCCGCUCAUUCAGCUGUUGCUUCAGUAGAUCUUAAUAGGUUGGAACGAUACCUGGGAACUUCCCAAAGUAGGACACCCAAAGCACUUGUUCUUGGAAACUUC